AUGAAUUUAAGUAGCUCUUCAGUUAAUAAGAAUAUGGGUCGACAAAUUGGUGCGGAUAUCAAAGGCGCUACUAUGUCAAACAGGAAACAAUCGUCAAAGACUACGAAUAUAAAUAAAUGCAAUGCGCGGGCGUUGAGGAGGAAUGCUUCAGAUUUGUCUGAUCCAGAAUUGUCGCAGGGCGCAAACAAAACGAAAAGAAGUAACCAUCCAAACAUAUCUUCGGGAGAUAGUGGAACCACUAACGUUAAUAGUAGCUUGGGCUUUCUCCCGCGUCUUCGUCCGCGAGGUUCCACGGUGGCGCCUGCCUCUUAUUCCCUUAAGGUGAAACGUGGUCCUUGUAAGGGUCUAUCAAAGAGUCUGGAACGCAAAAGAUGCAACAGAAUCAUCGAAGAUGUCGAGGAUACGACAGAGGAGGAUGAAACGCCAGACGGUCGUCGAUACCCUCUCCGUAAUCGGCGUCAUCCUGACGUUUAUCAAGUCAUUCCAAAAAUUAAAGAAACCGAGGCUAAUCAAAGGAACUGGCUCAUGGAAGUAUCCUAUAGGGUGGGCUCAAAGCGGCCUCGUUGUAGUGAUAACUACCCUCACCUCAACGAUAGUGCUUCUUCCUCUCUUUCAAAUGGCAUCAACUAUGGAGAUGCUGAGGCGGGUAUUGACACCUCGGGUGGCCGUCGUCCGCACUGUUCGCGGCGCACAAAGCAUCAGGAUGAACUAGAGGAGACUUUUUUCCAACAGGCUGCUGGGGGUCUCAUGCCCUACAACUAUAAGUCUCGUGAUGUUGAGUCAGGUCCACUUCGCAAUCGUCUUGUAGCCAGUGCUAAGCUGCCCGAUCUAGAACCAAUGAGUUUUGACACUGAAGUGACGUUUGACGAUGUAGGUGGGCAUCAGGCACAAAUUCGAGCGCUACAAGAGUCUGUCCUUCUACCUUUGGUCUAUCCGGAGGUGUUCAAUCGGUUUGGAAUCGAGCCGCCUCGUGGCGUACUCUUCCACGGUCCACCUGGCACUGGAAAGACGCUACUUGCUCGCGCUCUAGCCACUGAGUGUACACGUAUGACCUCAGGUACUACGAAGACUCAAGCUGGUGGCUCCACCGCCUCUCGUCCAAUUGCUUUUUUUAUGCGCAAGGGCGCUGACUGUUUGUCUAAGUGGAUCGGGGAAACAGAGCGUCAGCUGCGCCUCCUGUUUGAUCAGGCCUAUCGGCUGCGCCCCUCCAUAAUCUUCUUCGAUGAACUCGAUGGUUUGGCGCCUGUCCGCUCAUCUAGACAGGACCAAGUUCACUCCAGUAUUGUGUCAACACUACUAGCGUUGAUGGACGGAUUGGAUCGUAGGGCAGAGGUGGUGGUGAUCGGUGCCACGAAUCGGCCUGACGCCAUCGAUCCCGCUCUCCGAAGACCUGGACGCUUCGACCGAGAGUUCACUUUUUCCCUCCCAAAUGCAGCUGUUAGACGAAGGAUUUUGGAAAUUCACACCUCUAAGUUGCGACCACUACCCUCAUCUGAACUACUGCAGGAGAUGGCCGAGAAAACGGUGGGCUUUUGUGGUGCAGACCUGAAAUCUUUGGCUACUGAGGCCUGUCUCUGCUGUCUACGCCGUCAAUAUCCUCAAGUCUACGUGAGCAGGUGUAAACUAGCUGUGGAUCUCAACUACCUCGUGGUGGAUCGAAUGGAUUGGCUAGAUGCCCUAAAGGUUAUCCGACCGGCAAAUUUGCGCGUCGAGUUAGACGUGGGUAAUGCGACGUCGGCGGCGGCAGCGGCGCUUGCAUCAACUUUUCGCUCCACUGACACCGAUUUUAGUAGCAUUGGCGAAAGAGGGGAUAGCAGCAAUAGCGGAGUUUCAGUACCCGAGACAAGUCCCGCAUCGCGCCUCUUCCUCGAACCCCUUGUGCGCCUAAUCACUGCUCGCAUUUCGCGUGCUCUUGCGGCCUCCGAUGACGUCGAGUAUAUAGAUGGUGGAGGUGGCGGUGACGGAGGCGAAUCGAUGGUCACUUGGAGCUCCGCUCCUCCCAGCUACCCUAGUACUACCACUACUGUCGGCACUCCUGCUACUCUUUCUCCCGCUCUCAUUCGUCAAGUGGUUGUGGAGGACUCACUCCUUCCGAGUACGGUCUUUUCGGCCGUAUGGCGAAAACUGGAGUCUGUUGAGGUCUAUACUCUCAACCUUGCAAGCCUCUACACAAGUGCUUCCGGGAGCGUGGUGACAUCAAUCACUCAAAUAAUUGCGGCAGCGCGUCGUUCUUUGCUGAACCAGUACCAGCAGGCUCCCACAGACCUUCACUCCACCGGCACCACCACUCUCCCUUCCAGUCCCUCUAAUCUCGUUGGGGUGGUGCUUUUUGUCCCUAGAAUUGAUCUUCUUCUUGCCCGUCUUCCCGCUGUCGCUUGCCACCAUCUGGUGGAACGACUUCUCGAAGUCACUUCAGCUGCUACCGAUACUAGCUGUGUUAUACACAGGCGUAUCGUCCUCGUGGCCACUGUGAAAAGCUUUCCUCCCAGCAUCAUUCCUUCGUCCAUUGUAGGCGAGGAAGCACAAUCUCAUCAGUCACAAAUAUCGAGAUCAGGCCCCCUGUCUAUUCGUGUACCACCCGCAUCCUCACUUCGUCUAAAUACUCCUCCUCAAGAUUCUGGCGCACUUUGCAAUGGUCACGCCUCGCCGAAGACAAUCGCUUGGCUACGCGACCAACAAGCUGGGGAACGCAGCCGCUCUAAACCUUCCCUUGACCCAGAAGUGGAGGUGGAAGGGGUUGAUGGUGAAUCAACGGCUGCUGAGGAGGAGGCGAUGGGGGCACCUCGCAUCUCUCAGUUGUCUCCCCUCUCUUCCCCCGGUGGUGGCAGUACUGACCACCUCGUAAACACCCACCUUCGACGUCUCUUUCGUUUCCCUUUUGUGGAGAAAAUCAGUCUCCACCCGCCUGGUGACCAUUUACGCCGCGAGUUUCUUUCUCCUGUCUUUUUUGAUUGGCUUAACGCCUCUGAGGGUGAUUCCUCUCUGAACAAACACACCUCCAGUCUACCUCCAAGGCCUCCAACACCACCUCCCUUGAAUGAAACAACAACAGAGAUCCUGGAACAUCGACAGCACGAGAUGACAGCCGCAGAACUAGAGAAGGCGCGACAGAAACGGGACCGAUUGUUGCGACAUUUACGCGUGGAAUUGCGUCGUGUGGUGGCGCAGUUGACACGGGAUCGGAGAUUUGCGGUUUUUAUGAGACCUGUGAAUCGGGAUGAGGCGCCUGACUACUAUGAUGUCAUCCGCCAGCCCAUGAGUUUGGGCAUGGUUAGAGCAAAAAUUGAUGGGCAUCAGUAUACCUCGUUGAAGGACUUUGCUGAUGAUCUAGAGUUGAUUCACAAGAACGCACUGGAGUACAAUCCUGUUGACGUGCCUCGUAGUCGUGAAAUUCGAGAACGCGCAUUUGAAUUUUGUGAUGCUACCGAGAUGCUUUUGGAUGAGAACCAAGCUCUCACAGAUCUGGGAGAGAGGGUAACUGAGGCUCUUGCUGCCUGUCCAAUGAGUCCACCUCCCCAACAGAACCAUUCUUCUCAUCCAAAGCUCUUCUCCACAGUCCUUUCUGGUUCUUCAAGUCGUCGUUACAGUCGUCGACUUCACGGCGAGCAACCGAUAUUUGGAGCUGAGGAGGUGGAUCAACUGACCAAUACCCGUUAUGUCCCCCGACCUUUGCGACACCCUUCCCCGCCCAAAAAGGGAACCGAUGAUGAUGUGACCACCUCCAAUACGCUGUUAAAUGAUACACCUGUUGAUGUAAACGAGGAAACUUCUUUGCAUUUGCAAUCAGCUACUAAUGCAGUCAUCGUCGCCGACUGCGGAGAGGAGGAUGGGCCGGAUGACGACUCAAAAACACUUCCUGCAUCCACGUCACCUCUUUUAUUGGAGUCUGGGACGGAAAUGGAGGGAGUUGGGGCGUCUUUGCUGCCGUCGCAACUCCCGCCGCUAUCCGCAAAGUGCCUAGUGGAGGGGCCUCUCCUCUCUUCUCUUCGCUCCGCAAUGGCAACGCUCUUGCAAGAGGCCAUUGCUAUUACACGGGGCUGGUCGGUGAGCCAGCUGAUGGCCCUCCAUUGUGACUUGCGCUACGCUUUACAGCGUACAAAACUACUCCCUCUUGAUGUACAAGGAGUCAAGUCUAAACUCUCCUCUAUUCUACAAAAUCACUAUCAGAUGGCGAUUUACGAUCGUUGUGAGGAGACGACAGACGCACCCAAUCUCAAGCCCUAUUCCCCGCUCGCCUACCUCUAG